AUGACGGUCAAUGGACAUAAUCGAGCCCAAUCAUGGGCUCAGGACAAGUUGUCGCAGAUGACGUUGGAGGAGAAGGUCCUCCUGCUAUGUGGACAAGAUCUCUGGAGAACAAAUCCUAUUCCUCGCCUAGGUGUCUCGAGAAUCAAGACUUCGGAUGGCCCGGUGGGCGUUCGUGGCGGCAUUUUUACCGAUGGGGUGAGUGCUGCGUCUUUGCCAACAGGUGUCUCUCUAGCGGCAGCUUGGGACAAGACUGUCAUUAGAGAUGUCUGUCAAGUCCUAAUUGCAGAGGCGAAGAGCAAGGAGGUCGAUGUCCUUUUGGGACCUACAGUCUGCAUCCCCCGAACCCCCCUUGGCGGUCGCAAUUUUGAAGCCUACAGCGAAGACCCCUUCUUGACUGGCAAACUUGCUGCCGAGUUCAUCAACUCCAUCCAGGAAGCCGGCAUUGGCGCCUGCAUCAAGCAUUUUGUAGCCAAUGAUCAAGAGACACGCCGUUUCUUUAUCGACGAAAAGAUCCCAGACCGUGCCCUUCGCGAAAUCGCCCUCCAGCCUUUCCAGAUCGCUAUCCGAGACAGCAACCCAUGGACCCUGAUGACGGCUUAUAACAAGGUGAAUGGGAUAUUUUGUUCGGCACACGAGUUCCUCUUGCAGAGUGUUCUGCGUGAUGAGUGGAAGUGGGAUGGCCUUGCAAUGAGCGAUUGGUUUGGAACAAACAGUGUGGUUCCCUCUCUGAAAGCAGGCUUGGAUCUCGAGAUGCCGGGCCCGAUCAGAAGAAGAGGCAAGCACCUGAUCAAUGCCCAUCAACAAGGUCUCGUGGACCUGACAUACAUCGAUGCAUCAGCUUUACGCGUGUUAGAGCUGCUUCACAAGACUGGGAAAAGUGGGAAUCCCGAUUGGGAAGAAGGGAGUGAGAAGGCUGAUGAUCUUCCUGGGCAUCGGAAGAUCCUUCGGCGGGCGGCUGGGGAAGGCAUUGUUUUGCUGAAGAACUCGGGGAAUACACUACCUCUCGAAGACUUGAGUGGGAAGACAAUAGCUGUUCUAGGGCCCAAUGCCGCACGCUCUAUUGCCACAGGUGGUGGAAGUUCCAACCUCGCGCCUCAUUAUCGAACAACUCCAUACGUGUCUCUGAAGUCGGAAGUACAAUCGAAGUUCCCUACGGCAGAGGUUCAAACGCAUGCUGGCAUUUUGACGCAUCGUUACCUCCCUCUCAUCGAUCCAGCUGUGAUGAAGAACCCAGACACGGGCAAGAGUGGAGUCUCAUUAUCUCUCUGGAGAAACAUGACGCAUGAAGGCAGCCCAUUCAUGGUCGAGGACCGCCCAAGCUCAAACUUGGUUUGCUACGACGGGCUUCCACCGGAGUUGACCACUGGUGAGAGAUACUCCUACAGGGGUAGAACUACAAUCACACCAAAAACCACUGGAAUGCAUGAGAUCUCACUAUCUUCCUGUGGUCCCGGAAAGCUUUUCUUAGAUGGAAAGCUCCUUAUCCAGAUUGAGCGACACUGGUCGUCCCCGAAAUCGGCUCUCUUCAUGAGCUAUGGGUCACCCGAAGAGCGAGUCCAAAUUCACAUGAAUGCAGGCCAAGAAUACAAUCUCUUGCUCGAGUCAAUUAGUCGAGAGCCCAAGCCGUACGAGAUGAACUACAUGUCUGCGGAGCUUGAGCGCGAGGAGGUUCAAGACGGUGGGCGGAUUGGCUUCCUUGAGAACCCCGGUGAUCUUGACGCAUUCUUCCAAGAGGCUGUCGAAAUAGCCAGAAAAAGUGACUAUGCAGUUGUGGUGGUCGGAAAAGAUCAAGACUGGGAGACUGAAACAAGCGACAUGGUGUCAAUGGACUUGCCCGGGCGAUCAAAUGAGUUUAUCUCUGCCGUCUCCAAAGCGAAUCCUAAAACAAUUGUUGUCAACCAAACAGGCAGUCCUAUCACUAUGCCCUGGUUAGAGAAUGUUCCUGUGGUUAUUCAGGCAUGGUACCAAGGACAGGAACAGGGAAAUUCUCUUGCGGAUGUGAUCUUGGGUGCUGUCAAUCCAAGCGGCAAAUUACCAAUCACGUUCCCUCAACGUAUCGAAGACUCGCCUUCUUUCGACAAUUAUCCCGGAGAGAACGAUGUUGUUCAUUAUGGAGAGGGUAUUUACGCUGGGUAUCGAUACUUUGAUCACCGCAAGCUGGAGCCACUCUUCCCCUUCGGCUUUGGUAUCUCGUACACUACAUUCGAGUACCACAAUCUCCGUAUUACUCCUGAUCUACUCCUCGGCGAUGGAAAGAUUGAGGUCCAAGUGGAUGUGACCAACACAGGUUCGCGAGAAGGAAGGGAAACUGUUCAGUUUUAUGUCAGCCAUAUCAACCCUAGGUUAGGGAGACCUCCUAGAGAGUUGAAGGGCUGGGACAAGGUCACCGUUCUUCCUGGAGAGACCGUUACAGCUUGUACAGUUCUUGACAAGGUCAGUGUAUCCUACUGGGAUGACAUUCUGGGCAAAUGGGUUAUGGAGGGAAAUUCUGAAUUCCUGGUGACUGCCGCAAAACAUUCCAGAGAUGCUGGAAUUGUAGCGACAUUCCAGACCGGUACCGAGUAUCAGUGGGUUAAUUAG